GCGUGGUGUAGAGAGAGGAGCGACCAAGGCAGGAGCGACUGCUAGAUAAUUCGAAUUAAUCAUAUGGCACAUUUGUCUGAUUUUUCACAAAUCAGUCAUCUGGCUGUGAUUCAUUUUUGUUGCUUUUCUUCAGAGUAAAUAGUCAUGACGUGUUUCUUAGCUGUACUGUGUCUGACUUUAAUUGUCUUUAACGAUUCAAAGUCAAGGUGUUUGGCUGGAUCUUAUGCUGAUUUUGAAGAUGAUGAUGAGGUGGAUACUCCUGAACCUACUCCAUACGUCUCACCCAUGGCCAAGGGCGCUUACUUGGCGGAACAUUUUGAUGACAUUUGGACAUUUGAAAGAGAAUGGAUAAUGUCAGGUGCUUCAACUUCAUUGGAGAAUCAGAGAGAGCGAUGGCGACUGGUACCGGCGCCCGACAGCGUCUGGGAGUCCGAUCUCGGGCUGACGCUGGCGCCCGGCUCUCGACACCUGUCGCUGAGUCGUCCGCUCGACGGCCCGCUCACCGGACGGCCCCUCAUUGUGCAGUUUCAGCUGCUGCUGCCCCGGCUGCGGCAGUGUGCCGGCGUCCAGCUGCGAUUUCUCACGGACUCCGCUGCUGACCGGCUGGAUCUGGUAAACAGCAGCACGCCCCACUCGCUCUUGUUCGCCGCCGAGAGCUGCGCGGACCAACUGAAGCUGCAGCUGGGAGGUCCGGGCCUGGGCCGCCGUCCGCUGUCUGUCGACGUGCCGCCGCGGCUGGCGCCCGGUCAGAGACUGCACGUGUACCGGCUGGUGGCCGCCGGCCGCUCCGUUCAACUGCGGCUCGAUGGACAGAUUGUGAAAAACAUCAGCCUCGCGUCUUUAUUGGAGCCGGCGGGUACCUCGGAAUCGGACGGCCAGUUGCAACACGACCACACCCGCUCGGGGUCGGCCGGAAUGGAGUCUCUCCUGGCGGCACGCGCGCUGAACGUGCAGCUCUGGUCGGCCGGCGAUGGACUGCGGCUCGACAACCUGAUCGUGACGGCGCAGACGGCAGAGGCGGACCGGUUCGUCCCGCCGCCGCCGCCGCCGCCCGAGCCACGCGCCGAGCACCUGCGGCAGAGGAGCACGGCGGAGAGCCUGGAGUGGCUCGACUGGUACCUGGACUACAGCGCCGAGCGGCCCUGGGUGUACGCCCUGCUGGUACUGGCUGUCGGCGUGCCGGCCUGUCUGCUGCUCUCCUGCUGCCUGCCAGAGAGUCUCGACCUGGAGGCCCAGCGGAGGAAGGCGGAGGCCCUGAAAAAGAAGACGGAUGAGGACCCGGACGAUCACCAGCGAAACUCCAGCGGACACGAUCGGCUGAAGGUUGCCGGUCACCGGAGCACGCAGUCGCCGAUUCCCGGACAGCCGCGACGCAGGACGCUUCAGAAGGACUGAGAGUGAUGCGGGUCUGGGAGGGAUACUGCGGGACUGAGAGGGUUACUGUGGGACUGAGGAACGGUACUCGACUGAGAGGGUUACUGCGGGCAUGAGAGGGACGAUACUGCGGGACUGAGAGGGUCGGUACUGGACUGAGAGAGUCACUGCGGGACUGAGAGCGACGGUACUCGGGACGGGUUGUACCGGCCUUUAUAGGCUGCCGCUGCUACAGACGAUCCCAAGUGCUUGCCGUUUUUUAGGGAGGAUCGGUCGGACCAGUGGAACGGCCUACCCACUUCGACAUAGAAUUGGCACGAUGUGCUUUUGAACGGAGUUUUGUCUACACAAACACUCGACUGAACGAUAGAAUAAUGUCAGCACACUGCUCAGGCACUCGACGGGAUUAUUUCUGUACUAACACUCCAAGGAGUUCUGUCACAACAAUGCACAAACGCAAGAGCUCAACUGCCUUGUAAGGGUUCGCCGCUCGAACGUUUUGUUUUAGGGGACCGACGAUCCACCGUCGAUUUGCCGUGAGUUAUCUCUUUACUGUGGUCGCAGAUCUCAUUUUUCUUAUAAGUGAUGCUAUUUUCGAUAUUUGUGUGAUAUUCAUAUUUAUAUUUAUAUACUAUACGCGGUCUAUAUAAGGCGAAUAUACAUUUUCAUUCGUCAGGUCGUGACUCGAGGGCGGCAAUAAUUCUGUUUUCAUAUUAGAAUGUGAUUGCUUCAGGACUAGGAGAAAUGAUGUUCACCGUUUGCCAUCAAUUUGGUCUCGUGACGCCCACGCUGGCAGCACAGAGUUGCACUUUUGUCACGUGUAGUUAUUAUGUUGGUACCUACCCAAGAGUUUUGUUUUGCUAUGCUGCGCGGUAGGGGCUCCGCCACCACGGGGGAGUCGCAUGGAUCCGAACCUCCCCAAUAAUUUCGCUUCCACAAUACCAUCCACUAUCCAGUGUAUCCUAUCGCCCCCCCCCCCCCAUCCUGAGAUUGUGGCGCCUGGCGCCUGGCGGAGCCCCUGCUGCUUAGUAACGACUACCGCAUGUGGUCCAAAUGGAAGGGGAUUGUAAGUGGCGAUACACCGACAACUUGCUAGUUUGCAUCACAAUGUUUACAGCUCAUUUUGCAAUAUACAUCUGCGUGAAUAAAGCAAAUUAUGUACCAUG